CGGGCCGGGGUCGCGCCGCUGCCAUGUCCUGCCACUUCCAGAAGCUUUUUGGGACCGACGAGGAGCUGGAGGACGAGGAUUUCCUCUCCGCUGUGGAAGAUGCAGAGAACCAGUUUGUGAUCCCCGGGCAUUCCUCACCCAGCGUUGCCCCAGUUCCUCCCAGUGAAGCCCAUCCCAGUAAAGCCCAUCCCAGUAAAGCCCCCAGCCUCCGGCCCCUCGCCGGGCAGGGCGAGCAUCCCGUGGGAUUGCAGGGCCGCCCACCGUGGGGAGCAGCCCCCCAAGAUGAGCUGGACAAUGACCUUUUCCUGGCUGCCUGCAGGGAGCUGGAGGGGCCCGAGGGGCCCCCCGGGCACCGCCACAAAUCACCGCGGAAGUGCCCAGGGAAGGAGAACGCUCAGGAAUGUGGGAUCCCCAAAAAGCUCAGGGAUGGGAUGGGAGCAGCUGAUGAAGCCAGGCAGAUCCCUGGACAUGUCUCCCUCUCCCACAAGCACUCUGGAAAGCUGCUGGAGGAGAUCCUGGUGUCUGCACCCCAAACUCCAGCUCACGGGGCUGUGGCGAAGCCACGGGCUCAGGCACUGCCCAGCUCCCCGCUGCCCUCGGAGGAGGAUUUCGGGAAGGGGCCCUGGCUGGCCAUGAAGAUGGAGCUGGGGCUGGAUGAGAGGGACCCUGGCUGCUUCCUGCACACCUACAGCGUGGUCAUGGUGCUCCGAAAGGCAGCCCUGAAGCAGCUCCCAAAAAACAAAGUCCCCAGCAUGGCUGUGAUGAUCAAGACCCUGACCAGGAGCAGCGCAGGUGCUGGUGCCGUGUUCCGGGACCCCACAGGGGAGAUGCAGGGCACAGUGCACAGGCUGCUGCUGGAGCAGAGGCAGAGUGAGCUCCGUGCUGGUUCCGUGCUGCUCCUGAGGCAGGUCGGGGUCUUCUCCCCCUCCCACCGCAACCACUACCUCAACGUGACCCCCAACAACCUCCUCCGGAUCUUCCCACCUGAGCCCGAGGGCUGCUCCCCCCGCCAGGUCCCUGCCCAGGCUGAGCUGAUCCCGGACCCCCCCGCGCAGCCCCCCCGGGGUGUCCCUGAGGACUGGGGACAGGCGAGGACAAGUGGACACAGUGCAGAUCCUGGGGGCUUCUCCCUGUGCCCACCGAGCUCUGGUCCCAGCUGGGAAGAGCCGGUGGGAGCUGAUGGAUGUGACAUGGAUGACCUGGACGGGCUCCUGGGAGAGCUGCCCGAGGAUUUCUUCUCAGCCCCAGCACAGGUUGACUGCGGCUGAGCCCAGCACUGCUGCUGAGGGUGACGGUGCCCAGGAGCAGGUGCCACACCUGCCACCCACCUGCUCCUCUCUCUGUGUGUCUGUGGUGUUUGUUGUGGAGCUGAGAUCUGGGGAAACCCGGGGGGACAGCGCUGUCCCCACUGCUCCGGGCACACUGGCCCCUCUCACUCCCAAACCUGCAUUAAAGGGCUGUUUUGUUUCUGCA